GACAAAAUGAUAGCGUUAUCAAUAGCAGCGGUUGCAAUUAUUUUAGCCAUUUAUUUGUUGUUAAAAUUUAAACAUUCCUAUUGGAAUAGAAAAGGAGUGCCACAAAUAAAACCCUUUUUCCUGUUUGGCAAUUUCAAAGAUGCAGUUUUUGGUGACACUAUUCCCAAUGCAAUCGUUAAAGAGGCUUAUUGGAAAUUUAAGAUGGACGGAGUCAAACACGGUGGUAUAUACUUCAUGUAUACUCCAAUUUGGAUACCAAUAGAUCCAGAAUUAAUAAAAUCAAUAUUGUUCCAAGACGCUCGUUACUUUACUGGUCAUGGUUACUUUUAUCAGCAUAAAAAUGAUACAUUAACGAAUCAUUUAUUUAAUGCCGAAGGCGAAAAAUGGAAGCACCUAAGAGCAAAACUGACUCCUGCUUUCAGCAAUGGUAAAUUGAAACUAAUGUUCGAUAUUUUGGACGCUGUCGGAGAUAGAUUGGAGAGAAAAGUUAAAGGGUUGUAUGGAAAAUCUGAACCAUUAAAUGUUAAAGAAGUAGCAGCAUGUUUCGGAACUGAUAUUAUAGCAACAUGCGCUUUUGGCCUGGAUUGCAACAGCUUGGAAGAUCCAAACGUCCCUUUUAGAAAAUAUGGAAAACAAAUCUUUGAACCUCGGAUUUUGCAAGAAAUCCUGGAACAACUUUUCAAUUGGGAUUUGUUGAACUUUUUCGGCCACAGUUGGCUCAACAAAGAAGUCAACGAAUUCUUUCUAGGUUUGGUCAAAGACAUGAUAAAUCUGAGAGACAAAAGACAGACAAUCAGGCACGAUUUUUUGCAUUUACUGCUGCAGCUCCGAGACAAAGAGAAUUUCAGUUUCGAAGAUAUUGCGGCUAAUGUUUUAGUUAUAUACGCUGCUGGCUAUGAAACCACAUCUACGACAAUGUCCUACGUUAUGUACGAACUUGCCAGGCAUCCAAAAAUCCAGGACAAGUUAAGACAAGAAAUUUUGAAGAUUUGUCCAGGCGAUAAGAAAGUUACUUAUGAUGAUUUGCAACAAAUGAAGUAUUGUGAAAUGGUUGUGAAUGAAACUCUUAGGUUGCACAAUACAGCAACAGAAACCCCAAGAAAAUGUACAAAAACAUACCAAAUCCCUGGCACAGAUGUAAAAAUAGAAGAAGGCAUAUUUGUUCUAAUACCUAAUUGGGGUUUACAUACUGAUCCAGAUUACUAUCCAAACCCUUUGGAAUUCGAUCCAGAAAAUUUCAGUGAAUCUAGCAAAGCUUCUAGACAUCCAAACGCUUUGUUUUUGCCUUUUGGAGAGGGAACCAGGCAGUGUAUUGGAAUGAGGUUUGCAAUGAUGGAAUUGAAACUGGCCAUGGUGAAAUGUCUCAGGAAAUUCAAGUACGAAUUAAACCCAGCGACUCCGAAAGAUGUUACUUAUGAAGCCAACAAUGUCACUAUGAUUCCUAAGGGAGAAAUUUUGUUGGAUAUUUUAGAAAUUUAAUCAAAAGUUUUCUUUUACACAUUUGAAAUAAAUUCAUUCAAAAACCA